CGUGACGCGGCGCGCUGGGCGCGCCUCGGCUGCCGUCGUGCACCGAUCGCAGGGAAACGUUUCACGGUCAGGCUGCCUGCCGAUAUAGACCCUUUUCUCUGCUGCCUUAUUGCCAGUUACAUUAAAUACAGUAUAUGGCAAGAGUUUAUUAAUACUGUGCUAUAGUCAACAUCCAUGCGAGUGUAUACAAUGGCGCCCCUGCAUAAAGAGGUUGAAAAGAAAGGCGGUAAGAAGAAGGAAAUGAUUAUGGUGGAAGUUAAGAAGGAAAUCAUCGAAAAGUACGAACGAGGUAUGCGAGUGGCUGAAAUUGCAAGAUUUUAUAAGAAGCCUACGUCGACCAUUUGCACAAUAUUAAAGAAGAAAGAAGAAAUAAGGGGGCUAGAUGCAGCAAAAGGAGUCAUGAGAAUAUCAAAGCAACGGCCACGUGUUCUGGAAGAUGUAGAAAAGUUGCUUCUGGUUUGGAUAAAUGAGAAGCAACUAGCAGGUGAUACUGUGACUGAGAACUUGAUCUGUGAGAAGGCAAAGGCCUUGUACACCGACCUUGUAAGUAAACUGCCAGGUACGUCAACAGAAAAGGAAGAAGGCUUCAAGGCAAGCAGGGGAUGGUUUGAUAACUUUAAAAGGAGAAGUGGCAUCCAUAGUGUACGGCAUGGAGAGGCUGUGAGUUCAGAUGCUAAGGCAGCUGAGGCGUUCGCUAUCGAGUUCCAGAAGCUCAUGGUUUCUGAGUGUUACCUGCCGGAGCAAGUUUUUAACUGCAAUGAGACGGGGCUUUUUUGGAAAAAGGUGCCAAAGAGGACCUACAGUACAGAAGAAGAGAAUGCAGUGCCCGGCCACAAGCCCAUGAAUGACCGUCUCACCCUCUUGUUUUGUGCUAAUGCAAGCGGGGAUUUCAAAGUCAAGCCCCUGCUUGUGUAUCAUUCCGAGAAUCCACGAGCCUUCAAGAAAUGCAAGGUGCAGAAGAGCCAGUUAAACGUUAUGUGGAGGUCCAACAGCAAGGCUUGGGUCACUCGUAUCUUGUUCGUUGAGUGGAUCAACGAGGUCUUCGGUCCUGCAGUGAAGAAAUACCUUUUAGAAAAGAAUCUGCCACUGAAAGCCUUGCUGGUUAUGGAUAAUGCUCCUGCUCAUCCUCCAGGCUUUGAGGACGACUUACUGGAGGAAUUUGAGUUCAUUCAGGUCAAGUUCCUUCCCCCCAACACCACUCCAAUCCUGCAGCCCAUGGAUCAGCAGGUCAUUUCGAACUUUAAAAAGCUUUACACCAAAGCACUAUUUCAGCGAUGCUUUGAGGUGAGCGAAGGAACAAACCUUACCCUCCGAGAGUUUUGGAAAAAUCAUUUCCACAUUGUGAACUGCCUCAAGAUCAUUGAUAAAGCCUGGGAUGGGGUCACCAAGAGAACCCUCAAUUCUGCUUGGAGCAAACUGUGGCCUGAUUGCGUUCUUGGACAUGACUUGGAGGGGCUUGCUCAUGAACAGGAGCCGCUAGUUGUUGAUGAAAUUGUGUCCUUGGGGAAGACCAUGGGGCUGGAGGUGAAUGAGGACGACAUUCAAGAGCUGGUGGAGGAACAUGGCCAGGAGCCGACCACCGACCAACUGAUGGAUCUGCCUCACGAGCAACAGCAAGAGGUUAUGGAGAUCUCGUCUGCAGAGGAGGAGGAGGAGGAGAAGGUGGAGGAAUCCCUCACUUCAUAUAAGAUUAGGGAGGUGUGUAAAAUGUGGGAAACAGUGCAAAAUUUUGUAGAAAAGCAUCACCCGAAUAAGGCUGCAGCAGUGCGAGCGAUGAAUCUGUUUAACGAAAAUGCAAUGUCACAUUUCCGCGAAAUCCUUAAAAGGAGGGAAAAGCAAGCAUCAUUGGAUAGGAUCCUUGUGAAAGUAGCACGAAAAGAAAAAGAUUCCAUUGAGCCCAUAGAUAGCAAAGAUUCUGUUAGUGACAGUGAGAGUCGUCCUACACGAUAACCCUCCUCUCUCAUCUCCCUCACACCAGCUACGAAGGUGUUCAAAGUGAACAUACGAGGUGUGGUAAAAAAAUGUGAUGAAUGCUGCUGCCGAGUGCCAUCCAACAGAAAGGCAGGGAUCUAUCUUCAUUACAGGAAACGGCCCAUCAAACCUUAGUAACAGUGUGUGACAAGUAUCAACUUGUUUGGUGCACUCAGUCGGGUGGGAGCUACGAUUGACAGAAGGUGUGUUUUAAAGUGUGCUUUAAAUCAUAGGUCACAAACCACGCAUUAAAAUGAAAUAUUAACAUUAAGUUAUGGUGAUGCUGCAGUGACCAUGAAGACAGUUUACAAGUGGUUUGAGCAAUUUCAUAAUGGUUGUGAAUCAUUUGAAAACGAGAGAUCGGGACGUCCUUCAACAUCAGAAACCCAAGAGAAUGUUGAAAUAUAAAACGAAAUGAUUCAAUCAAACAGGCGAUUAGCUAUUAGGGAAAUUUCUCAGGAUCUGAACAUCUCUUAUGGUUUCGUUCAAAGCAUUUUAACAACAGAUUUGAACAUUAGCGAGUGAGUCUGAAUUUUGUUCAUGUGUUUUCACUGUCAAACAAAAGCAACAGCAUUUGUUAAUUUUGUUGGAGUUAUGUGAUUGGGCCACUUCAGAGUCCAGCUUUUUAAGACAUGUCAUCACGGGAGAUGAAAUUCAGAGUUCUGAAUGGAAAGUUAUCGUGUGAAAAAAGCGCAGUCAAUUAAGUUUUAACAUCAAGGUGAUGUUAAUUAUGUUUUUUUACUUCGAUGGAAUUGUGUGAGCCGAGUUUGUACCCAGGAACACUACGGUGAACUCUGAAUAUUAUAAGGGCUUAUUAGAGCAUUUAAGAAAUGAUGUGUAUAGAAAACGACCUGAAAAGUGGGCAAAUGGUUUCAUGCUCCAUCAUGACAACGCUCCGUGUUACACAUAAUUUCUGGUACAGCAAUUCUUGUCAAAU